AUGGAAUGGGUGCCAGAAAACUAUUUGAAACUCACUAUCAAACAUUGUGUCGUGAUUGACAUGACCAAUUACCCAGAUGGUAAACUGAUCAAACCAAAGCUUGCUAACAUUGAUCACUUGCGCCAGGUACUUGAUGGAUGGAAGAAUAGCAAGAUCAAAUGGGUCAAAUUAACCGAUGAACAGGUGGAAGAGAGGCAUGAGGAGCUCGCUGCACUUACCUCUACUGGCGCCGAAGUAGCAUCCAUGAACCUUUAA